AUGAUGACUAAUGGUACCAUCAAGGUUAAACCGAAGACUUAUGGUACCAUCAAGGUUAAACCGAAGACUUAUGGUACCAUCAAGGUUGAAGCAAAGACUAAUGGUACCGUCAAAGCCAAAUCCAGAACUAAUGGUACCAUCGCCAAAUCCAGGACUAACGGUACCAUCAGGAAAGAAUCGAAGACUAAUGGUACCAUCAAGAAAGAAUACGUCUAUCAAACGAAGCCAACAGGCGUUUCCAAGAAGAAGGACGGUCCAUGGCUGUUGAAGGGCAAGGAGAACCUAAGGCUAAUGUACCAUAAUGGAUAA